UGAAAAAUGAAUUGAUGGUAUGAAGAAAUGAUGAUUUUAUAUGUAAAGAGAAAUGGUGAGUGGGGUUUAGGUAAAUUGGAAGGGUGUGUGCUUUGUUGCUUCAAUCAAAGAAGAAAGAUGGAUUUAGAUAAAAGAGCGUAGAGAGCCUCUCUCUCUCUCUUUCUCUUUCUCUUCCUUUCUCUCUCUCUACUCUUCCCUUCUCUUCUUUUUCUCUUUCUCUUUCUCUGUAAUGGAAGUCUAUGGUGUUGGAGCAUCCAAAGCCAAAACCUCAUAAACCCUUAACUCACUGUUAGAUUUCUUAUUCACAAGAAAUACUAAGUGUGGGCUUUAAUGGCGGCUCCAUAUCCUGAUGAUUUCAAGUGCCCUAUUUCUCUGGAGAUAAUGUCGGACCCUGUAAUACUCUCCUCCGGCCACACCUUUGAUCGUUCCUCAAUCCAACGCUGGCUCGACGCUGGUCACCGGACUUGCCCUAUCACCCAAUUGCCCCUUCCUCAAAACCCUUCUCUAAUACCUAACCAUGCCCUUCGCAGCUUAAUUUCAAAUUUCAACCCUGUUUCCCUUUCCAAGCCAUUUCUCCCUCAUCCGCCGCCUCAAACCCUAAUCUCGAUUCUCAUCUCUCCUUCUUCCUCUCUUGAUUCCAAGCUCGAUUGCCUCAAUCAACUCGCCAGGGUUUCAAAGCGCGAUUCCGCUGUGCGUCGAAGAUUGACCGAGUCAGGUGCCGUUUCGGCCGUUCUUAAAUGCGUUGGUUCUGACGAUCCCAGUCUCCAAGAGAAAGCUCUCUCCCUCUUGCUUAAUCUUAGUUUGGACGAUGAUAACAAAGUGGGUUUGGUUGCAGAAGGGGCUAUUGGUCUCACCGUCGCUGCUCUUCAAGCUAGGUCCGCCGAUUGCAGAGCCGUAGCGGCCACGAUGCUGACGAGCUUAGCUGUUGUGGAGGUCAACAAAGCUACAAUUGGGGCAUAUCCCUAUGCAGUUCGUUCUCUGGUUUAUCUCUUACGGAACGGCAACAACAGAGAGCAGAAAGAAGCUGCAACUGCGCUUUACGCCAUUUGUUCAUUCCCUGGGAACCGUUUGCGCGUUGUGGAAUGUGGGGCUGUUCCCAUUUUGCUUAAAAUCGCAAAUUCUGGGUUGGAUAGAGCAGUGGAGGUUCUGGGGGUUUUGGCUAAGUGCAAGGAAGGUCGAGAAGAGAUGCAAUGGUUCAAGGGAUGUGUGGAGAUUUUGAGUCGUGUUUUGAGGAAUGGAUCACCACGAGGAGUUCAAUAUGCUCUUCUAACUCUGGCUUCCCUUUGCUGCCAUUGCGAGCGGCUCUGCGUGGAGGCAAGAAGAGAAGGCAUUUUGGGAAUCUGUAUGACAUUGAUUGAUGAUGAUAGUGAAAAGAUCAGAGCAAAUGCUGCAAAUUUGAUUCAUAUACUGAAAGGGAACACCCCGUGAGAAGAAGGAAUCAAAUCGGAUUCGUUCGAGCUUGUCUCAAGAAUUCUGAUUUGUCUUGUGAGUAUGACUCAUGUAUGGAUUUUGCUGUGGCGUAAUGUCGAUGCCUCAUUCUCCUUACCGAGGUGAGUCCAAUUUCUUCUCGAUUAUAGGUUUGUACUUUUUUCCUUCUUUUUUGGUUGGAUAGUUUCUGUACAAAAAAAUAUAUAUUAGAAUCUGGCAAGAUCAUGGUUCUUUUUCUUCUUUUUGAAUAUUUUUAUAUAUAUAUGAUGUAAAUUGAAAUAAAGAACGACAGAAUCAAUUAUGCACUGGAGGUGUUCUUCAAUCUUCAUGAUUUCAGGUUGGUUUAUACCAAGAAAAUUUUUCCAAUUUA